UUGACAGAUCAUAUGGUUAAGCUGUGAUUACAUUGUAAAUGAAGAUUUUGUUUGAUUGUAUAAGACAUAAACCAUAUAAAAAAAAAUGGAAAAUGAUAGCCCUGUAAUAUACGGACUUGAAUUUCAAACAAGGGCAUUAUCAGCUCAAACAGCAGAAACAGAUAUUGUUAGAUUUUUGGUAGGAACACAGUCAUUGAAAUUUAAUAACAAUCAAGUUCAUUUAGUAGAACUUAAUGAAGAAACAGGUGGUUUAAAAACUCAAGUGUUUCAUCAUCCUAUUGGAGAAAUUUGGUCCUUACAGGCUUCUCCUAUAGAACCUAAUAUAUUUAUUACAUGUUAUAAUACUUUAAGUGAUGCUGGUUAUUGUGAAAUGAAAGGAGCUCUUUGGAAAUUGCCAGAAUUGAAAGAAUAUACAAAUGAUGUUGAACACCUCAAAAAAUUAGCAGAUAUUGAUACCACAGUAUAUGGUACAGAUCUUAAAACCAUUGCUUAUCAUCCUAUGGAUUCAACAAAAGCUGUCUCAGUUGUGGAUAAUAAAUUUAUAUUAUGGGACUUAGCUGAUAACGGACCACAAGCUACUACUUCUGGUGCUUUAGCUAGUAAAGGUCAACCACGUUUCACAAAUGGAAAAUGGAAUCCUCAUAAUGGUUGCAAUCAGUUUGUCACAUUAAAUGAUAAUAAUGUUCGUGGAUGGGAUUUCAGAAAUCCUUCUGAAGCAUCUUGGACAAUUUUGUCUGCUCAUUCUCAAAUAAUUAGAGAUUUAGAUUUUAAUGCAAAUCGUCAGUAUAUUUUAUCUACAUGUGGAGAUGAUGGGUAUAUGAAAUUUUGGGACAUUCGUUCACCUACAGAACCUGUAUUGUCCCGCAUGGAACAUUCACAUUGGGUGUGGAGUAUUAGAAUUAAUCGUUUUCAUGAUCAAUUGGUUUUAACUUCAAGUAGUGAUUCAAGAGUAAUAUUAUGCAGUAUUGCAUCAAUUUCUUCAGAACCCUUUGGACAUAUAGUACCUCCUGAAGAUGAGUGUACACAAAGUGAUUACAAUUGCAAAAAAGAAAAGCUUGAGGAUGGUGUUGUGGGCAGAUAUGAAGAACAUGAAGAUAGUGUUUAUGCAGUUGAAUGGUCAUCUGCUGAUCCUUGGACAUUUGCAUCAUUAAGUUAUGAUGGUAGAUUAGUUCUUAAUAAAGUGCCCAGAAAGUAUAAGUAUAAAAUACUUCUUUAA